AUGUCGUGGUUCCUUGAUGCCGGUAGUGCGGAUGCAUCAACCAGUAAUUUGGAAUUAUUUCAACUUCCACCAACACAAACAGCAUUAGCGUCCAAUAAAUUUGAAGCGUUCAACCCCUUAACAUCUCUAGAACAUGGUGGACCUCUAGAGUAUAAAAUUCACGUCGGCGAUGAGUAUUACGUCGAUCCUAGGCACGUUUAUUUGUACAUGCAAGCAAAAAUCGUGCAAAAUAAUGGUGAUUUAUUAGUAGAUGAUGAAGAAUAUAAAGUUAACGUCCCCGAUCCUGACAAUCCGGGUGAAACAAAAGAAGAAACCAGAAACCGAGUUCCAGAUAAGUCUGUUGUGUUUCCGGUCAACAACUUGAUAGGAAGUUGUUUUAAACAGGUGGAAGUUUUUUUGAAUAACAAACAGGUUGGUUCCUCGGAUUCUUUGUACCACUACAGACAUUAUCUUGAAUGUUUGUUAUCCUAUUCGUCCGCACGUUACAAAUGGACGCGCUACAGUAAAUCGGUGGAGACAAUGGGUAAAAUUCACUCUGAAUUGUUUGAACAGGACAAAUUACUUUUGAAUAAGAUGUCACUCUCGAUUAAAAUGCAUAUAAAUGAUCCUAGUGUCUUUCUGAUGGCAAAAGGUGUUACCAACCAAUACAAACUACUCAUCGAAAAAGCUGUUCUCUAUGUUAAUGUAAAAAAGGUUAGUAGUAACGUUAGACUCAGUCAUGAGGAACGUUUGCUGAAAUCAAAUGCAAAGUACCCAAUGAGAAAAGUUAACAUGCGUUUUUUCUCUCGUGGGGCUAACAGAGCAGACUUAUCUGAACCGAAUCUUGUUAAUGGGGAACUACCUAGUAAAAUAGUGAUAGGUUUGGUUAGGACUGAUGCUUUCAACGGAAAUCUAGGCUUGAAUCCGUUCAACUUCGAAAAUUUCAACGUCUCACAAAUAGGAUUGCGCAGAAAUGGUCAAAGCAUACCUUAUGAACCAUUACAGUUCGACUUUGAAGAAGAUAACUAUUUCAUGGGUUAUUUCAGCAUGAUGUUUGGGACAAAUCUUUGGUCAUCUAACAUUAGCAAUGGAAUAUCUAUGGAAUCCUAUAAGAAUGGCUUUACACUAUACGGUUUCAAUUUAACACCAGAUGAUUCUUCAGGAUUGAAUUGGAAUCUCGUGGAAUCUGGUAAUAUAAGUCUCGAUAUCAGGUUGAAAAGACCCUCAGACCACAGUAUCACCAUUAUGGCCUAUCUUGAAUCUGAUGCGGUAAUGGAAAUUGAAAGUUCACGUAAUAUAAUAUACGAUGAAUAG